UCUCCAUCCUCCACCACCUCCCAUGCUGGACCUCUGGCGCUGUUCCUUGACGCAGCUCUUCGCAAACAAUCAAUUUUUUUCUCUUUAAUUCCUACACCUGCCAUCCCCUGAAACCGGCGGCCCCAAUCUCGGACUCGCAUCGUUUCAUCGUGUCCUCUCGCGUGUGUUGUGUUACGCGUCUAGUUCUUUAGGCCGCCUACCAGAGAUUGUAACGGCUACCUAUCGUGGGUCACUAUCAUGACCGCCACCAAGGGUCGAGAGGGUAGCAUCACCCCCAAGGCCGGCGCUAACACCCCCGAGGCCGGCGUCACCGAGAAGGUUGAUGUCGCUGGUGCUGACAGCAACACCGCCGAGCCCGCUGGUGAGCCUGGGUUCACGGACGAGGGCGACGUUCACCAGGGCACUGCCCGUAUUUUGAAGCACCUUUUUGUUACCGUCGGGGCCAGCUCCAGCUUCCGUCGCCUCCUCCAGGAAGUCAUCUCCGACACCUUCCUCAGCAAGCUCAAGUCGCUAGCCUUUACCCAUGUGAUUGUCCAGUGUGGGCCGGAUAUCGAGUGGUUCGAGGCUCACCAGCCCGUCCAGGACCCCACCGGCGCUGAGGCUAUCGUCAUUAUAGGUUUCCCUUACACCGACGACCCUCGGGGCUUCAUGGAAUUGACUACGGCCGUCCCUGGCCAACGGGAUCGUGGCCUCAUUAUCACUCACGGCGGCUCCGGCAGCAUCCUGGAUGCUCUAGAGUUCGACACCAACGUGAUUGCGGUGCCCAACCCUGAGCUCAUGGAUAACCACCAGGAGGAGAUUGUGGAGGGCAUGGCUCAGGAGGGAUUUCUCAUCCACGGAACGCUCGGCACCCUCGACGAGUUGCUCUCGGAAGACUUCCUCAGCCUCGCGAACGAGCCGUGGCCGCCGGCUCCCUACCCCGACGAGCCGUUCCCGGGCGGCAUCUGGGACGCCGUAGACGAGCUCGUGUACCGCAUCAGCGACCGCGUCGGCGAGCACCGCUACCCUAGCGCCCUGCUCGCUCUCGCCGGCGCUGCCGCCGUCGCCGCCGUGCUCGUGGCCUUCGUCGCCCCGCUCGUCGACUCGCUCACCCAGUAGGAGCAGUAGGUAGUAGACAGACGCCGGUUUCCUCCCUCUAUUCGAUCGACCUCUGGUCCUGCCCCCUCCCUCCCCCAAAGGAAUCUACCCGACUAGGUUAGAUAGUUGGGUGGCAGGGUACGUAGGUAGUUCACGGUUUCUUGCUUCUUCGACAGCACACAUUUCGGAGUUGGGCGUGGUAGAUACCCCGGGGGGAACCCGCGGACUACGCUCCGUAGUCAGGAACUCGACCCUUUUUUCACUCGACUGCUGGGCCGGGAGGCCGGCCUAUGGGCCGCCGCAGCCAGCAGUAGGAGUAGCUAGAGGCGGACAGUCCGAGGUUAACUGCAUUUGAAUGGAUUUUACUUCUUAAGCCGUGGCGCGAAGAGAGAGAUGA